ACCGAAAUCGAACUGCAAUAAUUCGAUUGAUUUUGUUCGGUUUUGAAUAAAAGUUCGGUCCACUUCGGUUUUGAGAAAAACUUAAAUCCAACGUACAUAUUCCUCCGGAUUCGGUGGAACCGUUCCCCCACUUCGCUAUUGGACGGACAUGUUCAAGGGAGUUGGUUCUAGGCUUAUUAAAAGACUUGCACUUUACCAUUCUGCUGUUGGUUCUAGGCUUAUUAAAAGACUUGCACUUUACCAUUCUGCUGAUCAUUGACUCGAUACACACACAAACACUUGCACUUUACCAUUCUUGCUCAUUUGAAAUUAGCUUAUUCUCACACCUUCGAUGAACCGGGGACAAUCCUUGCAUUCUUCUUCUUGCUGAUCACAUCUGGCAAUAAACUUCCGGUAGAAAACUGGUUCAAACUGUACCAAAGCAGCAGGAGUAGUAAUGGGAUUGGAAAUUAGUUACUUCUUGGCCAAGAAGAAUAACAUAGAAGUGAAUCAAAAUUCUGGGCCUGAAUUGAUGAUACUCUGCUCUUUUGCGUUCUGCCAGCUAAAUGUUUCACAAGUAGAGAUAUGAUGAAGAAGUUCUUGACAUCAACUUCUCGAUUUCUUGGACUUUCCGCAGCUUCAGCUCAUACUUGUUGUCUUGCACCCUUUUGUUUUCAUGCAACUUCUCACUUCUCCACAAAACCUAACCCUGAUCAUCCCUCUAAACCCAAACUCCAUUUCCCUUUUUUCUCUCGACUUCAAGAUUUACUCGUUGAGUUACUUGUUGAGAAAUCUAAGGUUGGUGUUGAGGAGAUAGAGUGGAGCAAAGCUCAACAGAUUGUUAUAAGUGAGGAUCUUGUGGCUACUGCUAAACAGCAGCUUCAGUUUCUUGCAGCUGUUGAUCGUAAUCGCUGGCUUUACAAAGGCCCUGCACUACAAAGAUCAAUUUACAGGUAUAAUGCUUGUUGGCUUCCGUUGCUUGCUAAAAAUGCCGAGUCACAGAUCUCUAAAGGACCUUUGGUUGUUCCUCUUGAUUGUGAAUGGGUUUGGCACUGCCACAGGCUUAAUCCAGUAAGAUAUAUAUCUGAUUGCAAGAAGUUUUAUGGAAGGAUUCUUGAUAAUUGCAAUGUUUUAUCAUCUAUUGAAGGAACUUCGGGUAGAGAGACAGAAAAGAUUUGGGGAAGGUUGUACCCAGACGAGCCCUAUAGCUUUGACCCCGAUACAUCUUGCUGGGACAAAACAUUAGACAACGCAGCUGAUGCUGAAAAGCACACCACAUACGAUCUUGUUUUAGCUAUUGAAAGACAGAGUCCAUUCUUCUACCAGGUUUCCAGACCCCAUAUGAAGAAUGACUUAUUUCUUGAGGCAGUCGUGGCCAGAUAUAAAGGUUUUCUGCAUCUUAUUAACAAAAACAGAGAGCAUAUGCUCAAACGCUUCUGUGUUCCCACCUACGACAUUGACUUGAUAUGGCAUUCCCACCAGUUGCACCCAGUGUCUUAUUGCAAAGACAUGGUCAAGCUUAUUGGGAAGGUUUUGAAACAUGACGACACAGACUCGGACAGAACAAAAGGGCAAAAGCUGGAUGUUGGUUUCUCUGAAACUACAAGCCAGUGGGAGCAAAUAUUUGGCUCAAGAUAUUGGAGAUCAGGCUCAAUGUAUAGAGGGGCUGCUCCAUCUCCUCUGAUAACCAUCCCAUUUGUGUCAAAAUCCAUGACCAAUAAGAUUGUAUCGACUGAUGUGCAGCAACAAAUCAUAAGUCUUCCUGAGCUGAAGUCUGUGGAGGUAAAUUCUUAUCCAAAUUCGUAUUUCUCUACGCAGCUGCAUUAUAUGUGUUUGAUCAUAUAUUAACUAGAUGCGUUCUCUCCUGUCUCUAGCUGCAAAAGAAUGGGACUGGUAGAAAUGUUUCUGGGAUGUAACAAUUUGCUUAAAUUAACGGACAUCCUUAGCUUUAUCUUCUAUAUUUGUUCAAGAAUCUAGCUUCAGUGUCUCCAAAAUCAUUUGCUAGACUUAAGUCUCAACUUCCGAAAAUUUCCUCGCUCUGAAUACAUUUUGUGAUGAGUAACUUUAGUACCCAUGGCAGCUCUUUCUAGUGAGCAGAAGAAAAACACUUUAUAUCACUUACUUUGCAUCUCUGUUUCCUAAUUCUGGUCUACAGGAUAAUCUUUCUAACCAAUCAUGUAGUAAGA